CUAGUAUCUCAAUUGAGUGGUCUUUGUUCGAGGAGAGAGAGCUUAUCUUACCAGAAUCGAGCUGAAGUGAGUGGUGGUCUGUAAACUCGAGCUGUGAGAGUGCUGAGACUGUUUGGUUGAUAUCUCGAGUUAUACCAAUCCAAUUAAGGCGUGUGAGAUACCCAAAGAAAGCUCCCAAGACGAGGAAUCUGUGAAGGUCUGGUUUGCAUCAAUCGGAGUAGUGGAAGGCUUCCAAAUCGUCCGAGCAAAACACAACCUCGCAGAAACGGAUCUACUUUUCUAAAGUUAGAUACUAACCUAGAGCAAAUCUUGGGAAACUAGGAAACGAGUUAACCGGAAAACACCCAUUCUAGGGGCUGUUUUCGUAUCAACGAUUAAGGGUUGAACUAGCACUUUGAGGAGGCUGUUUAACACUCAUAUUUGAGCAAGGAAUCAGUUCCAAACCCACCUUGACCAAAGCUUUGACAAUUGGACCAAGAAGGGAAAGUUUAAAGCUCAAUUGAGGUUGAGGCUAGAGCUUGUUUCCUGUGCUCGUUGCCCGAGUGAUUUCCCCGGAGAGAAGACUUGGUUCGUGCUUCCUCCAUUCAGUUUUAGAACAUUAAUAAACAUGCCCAUGGAUAUUUUACUUUAGAGCCUGCGUGCUCAUGUUCGCCCUGUGUGGCCCUUUGUCUUAAACAAUGUUUUCCGCUGCGUAUUGAAUUACUUAUUAUGUAUGUUUAUGGAUGACUUUUGUGUGAAUGAUAUUCAUGACGCCUUGUAUAAUAUGAAUGUGUUGGACUGCGGUUGACUAUUCGUAUUGUACGGCGGGUUGUUGACGUGUCCGGGGAGGUCCGGGGCGUGACAAUUAAGGUGGUAUCAGAGCAACCCUGCGACAGUGUGUUGACCCGUUGGAUAUCGGGCGGGCACUUAGCGGGGGAAGAUUCUGGGAUUUGAUUGAGAUUUGAGAUUGAUUUAUGGGCGCAACGAGGACGUUGCGUUCCUAAGUGGGGGUGAUUGUAACACUUGAGAUUUAAUAUAAACGGAUUAAUAGUACUACUCAUACCAACAGAGGUGCAUCUCCUUUUAAGAGAGCUCAUUACCUAAGAACUCCAAAGUUAAGCGUGCUUGCUCGGGAGUAGUCUUGGGAUGGGUGACCCCCUGGGAAGUUUCUCAGGGCGCGCAUGAGUGAGGACAAAGUGCGCGGUAAAGGCUUGUGGUGGUUUGUGGGGACAGUACUAUUGGUCUGGAGUAACUACCUCGGGUCCUGCAGGGCCGGGGUGUUACAAAGUCAAUGUUGACUUCUGAUUUUUUCCAUAGGCGGCCAACCAGGUGCCCAGAAUGGUCGACUCCUUGGGCGCCUUCUGCUAAAUUUGUCUGGCAAAUGUUGUGUUUCCUGCUCUUCAAGAUUGUCUUCUGGAUCACUUGGAUAUAAUGCUUGCUUCUUCCGAGAUUCAGGCAGAGGAUAUUCUUCUACAGAUUAUACUCUAUGAGGCUGAUUUUUGGGUGAAAGUACACAAUGCUGCUUAUGGUGUUAUGAAUUUCGGAUCUGCUAGAAAUAUUGGUAAUUAUAUUGGUAAAUUCAUUAGUUUUGAUGAUAAAAAAUUUGAUGAAAACUGGAAGUCAUAUUUGAGAAUUAGAUUUCACAUGGAUGUUAGGAGACCUUUGAAAAAAGGUACUACUUUGAAAAAGGUGGGAUUUAGUCAAUGGAUGGAUUUUAAGUACGAAAAGCUCCCAAAUUUCUGUUUUGUUUGUGGUAUUAUUGGGUAUUCUGAUAAGUUUUGCCUGGUAGUAUAUGAGGGGGUGAAUAUCACUUUUGAUAAAAAUUAUGAAGUUGGUCUUAGAGCUGGGAUUGGGGUGAAGACCAUUCCUACAGGGGGUAUUAGGUGGUUGGUUGAAGGGUCCUUCAGUACUGGGGUGGGGAUGUCCGAUGGGCAGGAUAAUGAUAGACAGGAUUGGAAGGAGAAUACAUGCACUGGACUAGCUCCAUAAAGGAAGGAAAUUAAGUUAGGCCAGAGUAGACCUCGGGGGAACCAAAGCGUAGGACCUGGGAAGAAGAGAAAGAAGUUGCUGCUACAGGGGAAGACAUGACACUUGACGAACAAAAAAACGAAGCAAAGGCAGACCUCCUGUAGGCCCACCGGUUUGCGUUGGAUGGCCGGAGAGCUCAAGAAAGGAUACAAUGAAGGUGCUCAUGGCGAUGAAGGGUCGUCUCAAAAUAAAAAAAAAGGUGACAACUUUGGUACCUUUUCAAAACAUGGGGUACAGUAUCUACCAUUCAUUUGAUUGAACCACAUCACUUUAUCAUUUUUAAUUUAAAUUUAAAUAAUUCAAGUGCAACAUUCUCAUUGGUCCACGUGGACAAAUGUAUGGUAGGGUACCAUAAAUCUACCUAAAAACAAUUCCUCUUUUUUUUUUUGUUCCUUAGCCGUCUUCGGAAAACCCAUUAUCAAGAGAAAGCGUCUGGAAGAAACACCUUCUUCAGUUCUUCAGCUUAGCUAACGGCAUUCAAACCUUUGUACAGCAUCCUUUACAUUUCUGGAACCUUUCUACUUUUCAAUCUUCUGUAAAUUAGGGUGUGAUUUAUUUCUAUACUUCACUUUUGGACUCCAUCUGAAUUGCUGAUAUUCUGAUGUGCCUUGUCUAAGAUUCGGUUUGAGAAUGAGGAAUUUCGUAUUGGGGUUUGUUUUAUAUCUUUAUUUUGCGCUUCUACUGAGUGUUGGAGCUCUUAGGUUUCACCAGAGUCACCAUACUGAGAGAAUUGAAGGCAGUGCCGGUGAUGUGCUGGAAGAUGAUCCUACUGGUAGGCUAAAAGUUUUCGUGUACGAGCUUCCAAGCAAAUAUAACAAGAAAGUUCUGCAGAAGGAUCAACGAUGUCUUAACCACAUGUUUGCUGCAGAGAUUUAUAUGCACCGUUUCCUUUUAUCCAGCCCUGUGCGCACUCUCAACCCCGAGGAGGCUGAUUGGUUUUACACACCCGUGUACACCACUUGUGACCUCACACCAAAUGGUCUUCCUUUACCCUUUAAGUCACCCCGCAUGAUGAGGAGUGCUAUACAGCUUAUUGCUUCCAACUGGCCCUACUGGAAUAGGACAGAAGGGGCUGAUCACUUCUUCAUAGUCCCCCAUGAUUUUGGGGCUUGUUUUCACUAUCAAGAGGAAAAAGCGAUCGAAAGAGGUAUUCUUCCGCUACUCCAGCGAGCAACCUUGGUUCAAACUUUUGGACAACGAAAUCAUGUUUGCUUGAAGGAUGGGUCCAUUACUAUUCCUCCAUAUGCUCCUCCACAGAAAAUGCAAUCGCACUUUAUCCCUCCAGAGACUCCACGAUCCAUCUUUGUUUACUUCCGAGGUUUGUUUUAUGACGUUGGCAAUGAUCCUGAAGGUGGUUAUUACGCAAGAGGGGCCCGAGCUGCGGUGUGGGAGAACUUCAAGGACAAUCCUCUAUUUGACAUCUCUACAGAGCAUCCAACUACAUACUACGAAGACAUGCAGCGAGCUAUCUUUUGCUUGUGUCCGCUCGGGUGGGCACCAUGGAGUCCAAGAUUAGUUGAGGCAGUGAUAUUCGGUUGCAUCCCUGUUAUCAUAGCUGAUGACAUUGUGUUGCCUUUUGCUGAUGCCAUCCCAUGGGAAGAUAUCGGGGUUUACGUAGCAGAGAAGGAUGUGCCAAAUCUGGACACAAUCCUAACUUCUAUUCGGCCAGAGGAAAUCUUGAGGAAGCAGAGAUUGCUUGCAAACCCUUCAAUGAAACAGGCUAUGCUGUUCCCACAGCCAGCUCAGCCUGGGGAUGCAUUUCAUCAGAUUCUGAAUGGACUUGCUCGGAAGUUGCCUCACUAUGGGAGUGUUUACUUAAAACCCGGUGAAAAGAUCUUGAACUGGACUACUGGACCAGUGGGAGACCUCAAACCUUGGUAGUUGUGAGUUGUGACUAGAUGGAAAUCAGUGUGUGCACAAUUGCAUCUUUCUCAAUAAUAUGUCCUCCCUGCACCAGAUAUGUUAUCUUUUUUGGAGUGAAAUGUUGAGGUUGUAAGAUGUGUUGCGAAGGCAAUUGAACUGUAAAAUAAUAUUGAGGAAGCUGGUUUCUGUUGAAAGAUGCAUUUCUGUGGAUGUUUUAAAAACGUCUACUAUAAAUAUUUGUAAUUGAUCGUAAAGAAAAAAAAAUGAUGUUUCGAUCCAGCAAACAGUAUCAGAGUGGUACAUAUUGGGCAUUUUCCCUAAAAUUUAUCUACAG